AUUUUUUUAAAAAUAAAUUUGCCGUGUUAUUACCUUAUUGUAAUUAAUUUCAAUCGUGUAGAUUUAAUAAAUUUUUAAAGGAGAAAAAAACCUUCAAAAUGCCAGCUCUGGUAGAGCGACCCAAAUUAACGAAAAUGAUGUACAAAGUUCUUCAACAACACAUUAUGGGAGAACGUGAGAGGAAAAAACAAGAACAAGAACAGGAUGAAAUGAUGGAGAGAUUAAAAAAAGAAAGGGAAUUAAAAAAGAAAAAGGAAGAAAAAGACAAUUUAACUUUGGAACAGACAAAAGAACAGAUUCAGAAAUUAGAACAGAAGUUAAAAAGUCUAUCAGAUGAUAAACAUGUUUUAUUUUUAAAACUGAAGAAAAUUCUGAAUCAGGAGGAAGAAACAAGAAAGAGAGCUCAGAUUAAAGAACAAGGAGAAAUGAGUUUACAACAAAGUUAUACGACCCCGGUACCACCAGGUCAUGGGUUACAGGUCGGAGGUCAUGCUGUCAUGUUACAACAGGCCGUACGACCUCAGAUGUACAAACCCACACAUAUCAUGCAUCAAGUGAAGAGACAGAGAUCACCCUCCCCUACACCAUCUCAUUCUUCAGCCUCAUACCAGACAUACGGGGGUCAUAGUGAGGCAAAAUACGCUCACACAACUUACCAACAGACGGGCAAACAACCAGCCUCACUUCCAACUCUAUAUCAACAUCCACAACCAGACUAUGUUAAACGACCACAAGGAGGAAAUUACCCCCAAUCUCAGACCAGUCAUGUGAUUUACACCAACCAACCAGGAGCCUCGUAUCAACAAGGUGUGACCUACUCUUCUAGCCAAUCCCAACCUGGUAAAUAUCCAGCUGGCCAAUCAGCUUUCACGUCUUAUCCCAGUCAUUACAGUCAGCAUCAACAGAAGGUUAUUGGUGAAGCGUAUUCUCAGGGUUACUCUAUACAGAGAGCCCAACAACCAGCCUAUAUAACAACCAAUCUACAACAAUUAGAACAACAUCAAAAACAGUCUGGUUUUAACGAACAGGAGAAGUUUAAACUACAGCAGUCCGCUAUUCGAGGUAUCGCGCCACUAUCAGGCCAGUCCCCAGCUUUAAUACAACAGUUACAACUACAACAACAACAACAAGCUGCCCAGGCUCAAGCCCAGGCCCAGGCCCAGGCUGCCCAACAGGCCCAGGCCCAGGCUGCCCAACAGGCCCAGCAACAACCAAAGGGUAGCAUAGUAACUGGGUAUCCUGCCAGGACACAAGGUACUGCCCCUGUUGUUACAACUUACCAACAGUCUUCUGGCUCUCAGAGUAACUUUUCUAACCCUCAACAAGGUAACAGAAACACAUAUAAUCCACAGUAUAGAAAUUACCAGUAA